CUGGCCAAUGGGUGAUGCGAAGGGCGUGGCCCGUGGAGGGUUGCGGGGGCUCUUCGGGCCUCUCCCCCCAGCCCGGCUCCGCCAGAUCCCCGGGAGCCCUGCCGCUCUCUGGGUCCGUGGCUCGCGGCGGUGGGUCCCGCCGGUCUCGCCCUCCGCACGCCGCUCCGGGACGCCCGUCGCCCCCGCGCCCUCUGCCCGCCGGGACGGGGCCGCCGACCCCCAGUCGCCUCCCUGUUAACUGAAGCUGCUGCGCCCCCGGUUCCUGAGACAAGAUGCCGUCGGGUUUCCAACAGAUCGGCUCGGAAGACGGGGAACCUCCCCAGCAGCGAGUCACUGGGACCCUGGUCCUUGCUGUCUUCUCUGCUGUGCUCGGUUCCCUGCAGUUCGGCUACAAUAUUGGGGUCAUCAAUGCCCCGCAGAAGGUGAUUGAGCAGAGCUACAAUGAGACGUGGCUGAGGAGGCAGGGGCCUGAGGGACCCGGCUCCAUCCCGCCAGGCACCCUCACCACCCUCUGGGCUCUCUCCGUGGCCAUCUUCUCCGUGGGCGGCAUGAUCUCCUCCUUCCUUAUUGGCGUCAUCUCUCAGUGGCUAGGAAGGAAGAGGGCGAUGCUGGUCAACAACAUCCUGGCGGUGCUGGGGGGCGCCCUCAUGGGCCUGGCCAAAGCCUCGGCCUCAUACGAGAUGCUCAUUCUGGGACGGUUCCUCAUUGGCGCCUACUCAGGGCUCACAUCAGGGCUGGUGCCCAUGUACGUGGGGGAGAUCGCCCCCACUCACCUGCGCGGUGCCUUGGGGACGCUCAACCAGCUGGCCAUUGUCAUUGGCAUUCUGAUCGCCCAGGUGCUGGGCUUGGAGUCCAUGCUGGGCACCACCGCCCUCUGGCCCCUGCUCCUGGGCAUCACGGUGCUGCCUGCCCUCCUGCAGCUGGUCCUCCUGCCCUUCUGCCCAGAAAGCCCUCGCUACCUUUACAUCAUCCGGAACCUGGAGGGGCCCGCCAGGAAGAGUCUGAAGCGCCUGACCGGCUGGGCCGACGUGUCGGGUGCGCUGGCUGAGCUGAAGGAGGAGAAGCGGAAGCUGGAGCGGGAGCGCCCGCUGUCCCUGCUCCAGUUGCUGGCCAGCCGCACCCACCGGCAGCCCCUGGUCAUCGCGGUGGUCUUGCAGCUGAGCCAGCAGCUGUCGGGCAUCAACGCCGUCUUCUAUUAUUCAACCAGCAUCUUUGAGUCAGCGGGGGUGGGGCAGCCGGCCUACGCCACCAUAGGGGCCGGAGUGGUCAACACGGUCUUCACCUUGGUCUCGGUGUUCCUGGUGGAGCGGGCUGGGCGCCGGACCCUGCACCUCCUGGGCCUGGCGGGAAUGUGCGGCUGCGCCAUCCUGAUGACUUUGGCGCUGCUUCUGCUGGAGCGCGUUCCUGCCAUGAGCUACGUCUCCAUCGUGGCCAUCUUUGGCUUUGUGGCAUUCUUUGAGAUUGGCCCCGGCCCCAUCCCCUGGUUCAUCGUGGCUGAACUGUUCAGCCAGGGCCCCCGGCCAGCGGCCAUGGCCGUGGCCGGCUUCUCCAACUGGACGUGCAACUUCGUCAUUGGCAUGGGUUUCCAGUAUGUGGCGGAGGCUAUGGGGCCCUACGUCUUCCUUCUCUUCGCCGUCCUCCUGCUUGGCUUCUUCAUCUUCACCUUCUUAAAAGUGCCUGAAACCCGAGGCCGGACGUUUGACCAGAUCUCGGCCGACUUCCACCGGACACCGUCCCUCUUAGAGCAGGAGGUGAAACCCAGCACAGAGCUCGAGUACUUGGGGCCCGAUGAGAAUGACUGAGGGGCCAUGCUCUUGCCCCUCCGGGGACCCCUCCUCUCCUGUGCAGCCCUGCAGCCCGCUCUCCCUCCUUGCUCCCAGGGCGACACCCCUGCAGCCUGGUAGAAGUGGGAAGCUGGCGGGGACCGUGGUCUGAGCAACCCCCCAUUCCCCUCGCGUGACUCUUGGAUUAUUUAUGUCGUGGUUAGGCUGUGGCCAUCAGGGUGGGCCAUUCUCUGGGCUCCCCCUCCCCCAUAGCCCACCCCGCCCCCACCUGGCCACCCUUCCAGAAUAUUCUUGUCCCUUGCUAGAGAAGGGGUUGUGGGGAGGAGAGCCCCCGGGUGGGACGGAAGUAGGAGCAGGACUGGAGCAGAGAAGGUAGCUUUCUGCCAUCUCGGACUCCUCCUCCUCGCGGGCACCUUCUCUGAAUUCCUGCCACAUAGACUCUGGGUGAAGGGGGUCCCGCCUUGACCCCUCCCAGACGAGGACGCACCCUCCCAAGGCCCAAGCUCAUCUCUCCUGGCAGGCUCUGCUCUCUCACUCAACCUUCCAGGGCAAGAGGGCCGUGUGCCCAUGUGUGGUGAGAGGGACUGCCCAUCCCUUUUCCUCUGCCUUCAAGGAUGUUCUCCCCACAAGCUUCUGACCAACUAAGGGCAAGAGGAGUUUGAAAGGCUGCCUGUAAACACGGGGUGGGAGGAGCCCUCAGAUAUUUUUGUAUAUGUUUGCAGAAGGGGUAGAAAGAAGAAACCAAAGGUCUGUUGUACUAAAUGUAUAUAUAUACAUAUAUA